UCUCUCUCUCCCUCUCCCCCAAAUUUUCAAAAUGAGUGAAAUUUCAAUUGAAGAUCAUAUUGUUACAAUCAAUUGGGAAAUAAACAAGACUCAACUAGAAUUAAUGCAACAAAAACUCUCCCAACCACCUCAACUCCUAAGUGAAUCGGCGGGGUGGAGUUCUUGUUGUAUUUUUCGAGUACCUCAAAGUUUCAUUAAUGUUAAUGGUCGAUCCUACGAGCCUCAAAUAAUGUCAAUUGGCCCCUACCAUCGUGGAAAAGACAACGUAAAGAUGAUUGAAGAGCACAAGUGGAGAUUUUUGGGCAAUUUGCUUAAGAGAACAAAGGAAAAAGGUCUUAAUUUAGAGGACUAUUUGAAGGCAAUUCAACCACUUGAAAUGAGAGCUAGAGAAUGUUACUCUGAAGCAAUACUUCUUAAUAGAGAUGAGUUUGUUGAAAUGUUGGUUCUUGAUGGUUGUUUUAUAAUUGAACUUUUUAGAAAAAUUGGAGGGGUAAUUCCAAUUGAGAAAGAUGAUCCACUUAUAUCAAUGUCUUGGAUAUAUCCUUUUUUCUUGAGGGAUUUAAUUAGACUUGAGAAUCAAAUACCAUUUUUCAUACUUCAAUGCUUGUUUGAAUUAACCAAUAUUAUACAAGGUGAGGAUCAAUCAACUCAUUCUUUAGCCAAAUUAGCCUUAACUUUCUUUAACUCCACAUUACAAAGGCCUAAUGAAGUUCUUGAAAAGUUUGGCAAUCUUGAAGGGAAACACUUACUUGAUUUUCUUAGAUCAAGUUACAUUUUUCUUGACCAUGAAGAGCCUAAAAAUAGAAGGAAUUCACCUACACAUGUCAUACAAUGCAUAUCAAAGCUUCGUUGCGCGGGGAUUAAGCUUAGGCCUAGGAAAGAAGAGACAUUCUUGGCCAUAAAAUUCAACAAUGGAUUCAUUGAGAUGCCAACAAUUACAAUAGAUGAUUUCAUGAGCUCAUUCUUGAUAAAUUGUGUGGCAUAUGAGCAAUGUCAUGUAGAUUGUUCAAAGCAUAUGACAACUUAUGCAACAUUUAUUGAUUGUUUGGUGAACACACAACAAGAUGUUGAGUAUUUGUGUGAUUGCAAUAUAAUUGAGAAUUAUUUUGGGACAGAUUUUGAAAUUGCAACAUUCAUCAACAAUCUUGGGAAAGAUGUCAUGUUUGACAUUGAUGAGUGCUACUUGUUGGAAUUAUUUAUUAAGGUGAAUGAUUAUUAUAAGAGUAGUUGGCAUGUUCAUUGGGCAAGUUUUAAGUACACUUAUUUUAGUUCUCCAUGGUCUUUUAUUUCAGCAUUGGCUGCUCUUGUGCUAUUGGUAUUGUCCAUUCUCCAAACCCUUUACUCCAUUUUGAGUUAUGUUCACCCUCUUUCUUGAUUUGGACUUACAAAUUAUUUGAA